UGUUCCAGUUACUCCUGCCAGAAUGGAGCUGUCUGUUCUAUCGAAAAAAAUCAACAUGUUUGUAAUUGCCUCGCCGGAAACGAAGGCACAUACUGUCGAACAGGUCUACAUCUUGGUUACGGUGCAGUGGAAGGGGACUCGAGCAUGUAUGGUACGGAUGAUGCUUGUAGCCCUGUACUUCGAGUUAGCUACGAUCUGCCAUUCAUGCAACGAAGAUUUACGACAAUUUAUGUAUGUACCAAUGGACUCAUUUGCUUCAACAGACCUUUCAACGGAUAUUCGAUUCCGAAAAAGCAGGGUUUUAAUAAUGAUUUUUUGAAUAUCUAUUGCCUGGCUCCGUACUUCGCAGAUUUGGACCUUACGUACACUGGCCAAGUGUGGUAUCAAGCAUAUAACACUUUAGCGGACGAUAGUUCGCAAUCGGCUGAUAUUUCCAUUAAAGUGCAUGAUCUUGUAAAUGAACUCUACGAUGAGGAAUUUUAUCCAGUUUAUGUUUUAAAGGCAACUUGGUAUGAAGCACGAUAUGUUGGAGGAAGACCAUCGGAGACUGUAACGUUCCAAGUAAUUUAUGCAACAGACGGGCAGAGGUCAUAUGCAUUUUAUAACUACGCAGAAAUGAACUUCCAAUCUGGCUUACAGUUUAUUGGAAUCAUAAACAAUGGAAAUUUCGAAGGAUUGGAUUAUAGUUCGGAUGAGUCAUACCUACGACGCCCGGAUAAAAAUCUCAUAUUUGGAG